GAACAGAACCUCUUAUCUUUUAUGUGGAUAGCAACCACAUAGACCGGCGUUAUUAAACUCUGGUGAUUGUAAAGACCUCUGUGAGGGAGCCCCUCAUUCCCCUUUGUUUCCCUCUUGUUACGGAAAAGUUUCUUGAAUACGAAGUGAAUUCCCGCACCUGUAACUUUGUUUCAUCUGAUGCCAAGCGUCAAAAUUAUUACUCAUAAUAUUCUCUUUCCAUCCGUUUUCCUUGUAAUCAGUCGAGAUAUCUCCAAGUCAUAAUGGGCGCUUCUGAGCGUACAAUUGAUUUUCUUCGCUUAAAGUACUAAGGAAAACAUAAGAAAAACGCAUCAACAGACUGUAAUAUUAGUCAAGUGUAGUAUUGGAAAUGGUGCGGUUUACGUAGAACGCCAUGAAAAGGUGUCUUUGCUGUUUAUUGCUCAUAAUCAUUAAAAUAUCUGAUGGAUCAGUGCCACACAUUCUUGGAAUCUUUAAGGCCACUGAAAAUGUUGUAAAAUUCUUUGGUCAAGUUUUAUUUCUCUGAGUACUGCCCAAAAAACAAUCUGCAAAGUACCUUUUGCUCAGAGCUACCGAAAGCUAGCUUCAUGCCUCUUAAGUUCUCUGCUUUUACCAGUAAUUGCUUCAAAUGUUACAAUUAUGAAAAGUGGCAGAUAAAAUGGUCGAACGCCACUUGAACGUGCACUCAACAGGUUAGGAAAUUACUGAAUACCUACGCAUUCAGCGCAGGUCAUGGCAUUGCUUCCCAAUAUGUGAUAACAGAGCGAAAACCAUUAAAAUUGGGUAUUCGGGUAUAUGUUACAGAGUGUCUUCGUUUUUUUUGGGGACAAUGGGAAGACUUCAGUUGAGUUUUCUUUGUGGUCGAUGGCACAACAUGGAUUCGCGCUUUCGUGCCGCACACCCCCUAUACAAAUGGUUCUUCGGGUUCUGCCUACUUUUGCUGAUCUUCGUGUUUUCAAAUCGUUUUCCAAAUGAAUUACCGAAUGCACAAAAUGCGAAUACAGUUUCCCUUCUAUCGCGAAUCGUUAAUGUUACUCUCACACCACAAAAAUACUUUGUGAAAACGGCCCAGUGUCAUAUACCCUUUGUAAACCCGUUCAACGACGAAGUCAUGAAAAUAUACAAGCCUCAGACCUUUGUGGUCUGCUCGAAUGAAAGUGACCUUGUCACAUCCGCAUACGACUCCCAGCGGCAGCGAUAUGUGUUGCAUAUCAAUCAACAGGUCGCUCAGGAGCUGCUCAACUUUACGGAUGCGGAGUACAACUGUUUCUAUGAGGAAAUCAGCUACGGCCAGCACGUAGACACCUACGACAAACUCAAGGCAGAUAAAUACUUCACUGACGGCUAUGUGGUGCCCAAACAUGUGGAGGGGAUGCUGCUGGAGUGCCAGACGGCGGAAGAGCCCCACAAAGUGCUGCAGCGGGAUGCUCUCAUAUUCAUACAGUAUCAGCCAGACGAGCCCACACCCAAGAAGAGGGCGUCAGUGCCCCGAAAGCCUAGCGUUAUAAUGUACGGCAUUGAUUCGUUGUCACGCAUAAAUCUACGGCGCACGAUGCCAAAGGUAUACAAGUUCCUGAAGGGCACAGGAUGGUAUGAGAUGCAGGGAUACAAUAAGGUGGCCGACAAUUCGUUUCCCAAUCUGUUUGCAAUUCUCAGUGGCUAUUCACCGGAUACGGCAAAGUCCCAGGUCUGCGACACGGACCAAUCCGGCUGCUUCGAGGAGAUGUCAAUGAUAUGGCACUACUUCAAGAACGCCAGCUACUUGACGGCCUACGCUGAGGAUGAGAGUGGAUCGAAUACGUUCAACUAUUUGAAGCCCGGAUUCACCGAAAAACCUACUGAUUACUACUUUCGACCCUUUCUGCGGGCACUGGAGGAAGAGACAGAGGUUAAACGCCUGCCCGGUCAGUUCAUGAGGUACUGCAUGGGGCGCCGCUUGGCAAAUCGUUAUAUCUACGAUUAUUGCCGUCAGUUCAUGCAGCGAUAUGUCAAGGAGCGACCCAUUUGGGGCAUGUUCUGGACCAAUCACUACAGUCAUGACGAUCCCUUUAUGCCCUCAGCCAUGCAGAACAAGGUACUUACCGAUCUGACCAACUAUAGAAUGGACGGGGCCUUCGAUCAUACUAUAAUGAUAUUCUUUGCCGAUCAUGGAACAAGGUUCGGCAAGUUGAGAGACCUAAACUCGGGUUUCCUGGAGUCGCGUUUGCCAAUGAUGUUCAUUUACCUGCCUCCUUGGUUUCGUGAAGAGUACCCGAGCUACGCUCGUGCCCUGGAGAUCAAUCAGAAUCGAUUGAGUUCGAACUUUGACCUACACAAUACGCUAAAGCAUGUCAUUGAGAUUGGUGGUGGCAUACCCGGUAUGCCUGAAUUGCCCAAAUCCUAUGACUGCCCCACCUGCCAGUCGCUGUUUUACCCAGUGCCCGAGGACCGGACUUGUGCCCAAGCGGCCAUCGAUGAGCAUUGGUGUACGUGUGAGCCAUAUCGAACCAUCUCCCAUCUGGGUUGGACUGAUCGCAUAGCCGAGAGUGUGAUCCCCCGCAUGAAUGAGUAUUUCGUGGAAAAGAAUCUCACCCACCUGUGCAGCAAUCUGUCACUUAGCUAUGUCCACAACACGAACAUAAAAACGGGGCUGGACAUCAGCUGGCACGAUGAGCUGCCCGAACUGAAGGAGGCCGUCUACCGCACAAAGUUCAAGGUGCAACAGAACAGCGCCGACUUCGAGGCAACGGUUGUCUUCAACAAUGUCACCGAAACGGCCGAGGUGAAUGUGGAGACAAUCAGUCGUACGAAUUCCUAUAAGGAAGAUUCGACCUGCAUUGAAGAUAAAAUAGCUAAAUUAUAUUGUAUAUGCUUUAGCGACCUCAAACCAUAGACUUAAUAAUCUCGACUAAUAUUAAAUGUUAUUAGCAACUUAGAUAGAAUAUAAAAGAAGAUAUAAAUGUUGUUAAAACGUUGGAGAACAUUAUUACGCGCGCCUUCCAGGCUUGAAGCGCGAAACGACCGAUGGGUGCAGCCGCAUAACGCCGUUUGGAAAGAGUUUUCUAUCUGACAGGUUUCUUCAAACUCUCGGAUUUGAUUGUAGUAACAUUGCUCAGAAAAAAGUGUGCUUCGAUUGAUCCUGCAAUUGUACAGAUAAAUACACAAAUUAAUACAAGUACAAACCAAAUUAUGUUUGGAUUCAAUUUGAAACGCAAAGUCGUGCUUUGUGUCAUCAUCUUGAUGGUGGUCUUUAUAUUUGUAAAUCAUAAUGGAGAGCUCAAACCAGACUCGCCACAAAGCAAACUAUCAAGGAAACCAAAUCUGGAGCCAAUUACUUUACACAACAAAUCAGUGAUAAAAAAUGUGCAACCAGCAACCGUUUUGGAUCCACAAAAAAUCAACAUCCAAACGAUAGAGAAAACACCAAUAAGUGUUGCGGAAAAUUUCUUUGUGUUUAGUCCCAAGUAGGAUCCGGACCUUUUUAGCGUUCUCUAUCACCGCAAAACGAAGCACUACAUAUUGCACUUGAAUAAAGAAGUGAUGAAGACACGUUUUUCCAACAUUU